AUGGCAAUCUACAUUCAACCCGUUGCCGCUUCAGAGCUAACGCCGGAGGGGCAACGAUAUCGAUGCUCGGCUGCGAUGCAGUUGCUGCAGCCGGCGGAGCCGUUUCCUCCGCGGCGUCCGGUGCGGAGGGGAUUGGAGGGUCCGGCGGUGGGGGAUUGGUUUCGGGCACUUCCGCCAUUGUGGUCACAGUGGCAGUGGCAGAGUGCGCAGGAUAAGGGAGACGGGGAGUUUUCUGGUGCGGUAGGGUGCAAGGGUACAAUUACUUCUAAGAUUUUACGCCUCUCCUUUGACAUAUCAUCUGUUGUCCCUCUUGUUAUCCCUGCUCUUGUUCCACUUUCAUCUUUUUCUCAAAAUGACCUAGUGGUGCAUCAAGAUGAUCAUGCGGAGCUACCAACCAUAGAGGCCAUGCCAUACUCUUUCUCGGUGACAUCUUUAUUGGAUCUUUGCCUUCCUCUAACAUUGAUUGGCCAACUGCUCUCCGAAAAGAUUAAUGCCUCUUCUUCCGAGGAUGGGCUAAACUUUUAUGAUUCUCGGCCACUACAGAAGCGAGCACUACAGCUUCGCUUGUACAUUGAUGUACUCGCUUAG